GCCAGCUAGGGCGAGGUGGGGCGGGGCAGAGCAGAGGCCUGCUGGUCGGUCAGGGACAGUGUGGGGGCGUGCGAUUGUGUCCCUUCAACCCCACAGUCAAGCACUAUGGUCGGCAGGUCAGGUUACCGGGCGCUGCCCCUGGGGGACUUGGACCGUUUUCAGCAGUCAAGCUUUGGCUUCUUGGGCUUACCGAAAGACUACUUGUUCCUGGAGCCGGGCAGCGUGGGACCGGGGGCUGAUGCACCUCAGACCUGGCCCUCUUGCCUCUGCCACGGCCUCAUUAGUUUCCUGGGGUUCUUGUUGUUGCUGAUUACCUUCCCCAUUUCUGGCUGGUUUUCCCUGAAGAUUGUGCCCACCUAUGAGCGGAUGAUUGUAUUUCGACUGGGCCGGAUCCGCACCCCUCAAGGGCCUGGCAUGGUUCUGCUCCUGCCCUUCGUUGAUUCCUUUCAGAGGGUGGAUCUGAGGACACGAGCCUUCAGUGUCCCUCCUUGCAAGUUGGCUUCUAAGGAUGGGGCUGUGCUAUCUGUAGGGGCUGAUGUGCAGUUCCGCAUCUGGGACCCAGUGUUGUCAGUGAUGACUGUGAAGGACCUGAACACAGCCACACGGAUGACGGCCCAGAAUGCCAUGACCAAGGCCCUGCUCAAGAGGCCUCUGCGGGAGAUCCAGAUGGAGAAGCUCAAGAUCAGCGACCAGCUCCUGGGACUGAAUACUCCCUGCCUUGCUGGACUCUCCUUAGCUGCUCCAGGCCAGCUGCUUCACCCCGCACUCUCCUGGUUCAGCCUUCCCAUCCUCACGCAUCACUCCGUGCAGCAGGCCUGGCCUCCUAAAGCUCAGCUGGAGAUCAACGAUGUGACCAGGGCCUGGGGGCUCGAGGUGGACCGCGUGGAGCUGGCAGUGGAGGCCGUGCUGCAGCUGCCCCAGGACAGCCCCCUCCAGCAGCUAGCUCCCCACCUUCUGGAGGUGGGCAUGUCCUCAGUGGCAGGAUGUGCCCUGCCCCUGGGGCAAGACACCUUGAAGAUCGUGAGUGAAGUUGAGCUGCCUGCCCCUCACACCGGUGCUGGGCCCAGCUUGAAGCAGCCUGUGGCUGAGGGGCUGCUGACUACUCUGCAGCCCUACCUGUCUGAGACCCUGGUCAGUCAAGUCGGGGCCUGCUACCAGUUCAAUGUCAUCCUGCCCAGUGGCACCCAGAGCGUCUACUUCCUGGACCUCACUACAGGGCAAGGGAGAGUGGGACGUGGAGUGCCUGAUGGCAUCCCUGACGUGGAGGUGGAGGUGGCUGAGGCAGACCUACGGGCCCUGUUGUGCAGGGAGCUGCGGCCCCUGGGGGCCUACAUGAGUGGGCGGCUAAAGGUGAAGGGUGACCUGGCAGUGGCCAUGAAACUGGAGGCUGUCCUCAGAACCCUGAAGUAGCAGCCUUGGCUGACCAUCCGUAGCCCAGCCCAAGCCUGGCACCAAGCCAGGGGCAUCUUGGAGGAAGAGGCAUUGGCGCCGCACCUCAGAUUACUGAGUCCCCGAGAAGUUUCAGGCCCAGCCAGGAGCCAGUGAAUGGAGGUUGAGUUGGGCUGCUCUGCCCUUCCCAGUCCCCGCCAAGGACCCAGCCCUGAACUGGGCACACAGCACAGUAACAGGAGCACCCGGCCUGCUCUGCCCUCCUGCCUGUCUGAUCAGAGGGGCAGGGCCCACAGAAACAGCCGGAUAGCAGCUGGUUUGGUCCCACUGUGAGGCGGCAAAGUAUGUGGCUCAGGCUCCCAGAUCUAGAGUGUGGUUGGGGCGGGGGGAGAUGGAGAGGAAAGUGACCACUGAGAAGAGGUCACUGCAGCCAGAGGGACCUGGGAAUCAUACGGGGCCCACUGUCCAGACUGCAGUCCAGGCCCACAGGUCGGGAUGGGUAGAGUGGAGUCUGUUCCUCCCUGGGCCCCAAACACCUCUUGACUUGCCUGACAGCUCACUCUUACACACCUGCUGGGCCAGGCCGGGGCCUAGGGCAGCAUGAAGGGGGCCCUGCCCUUCCUGUGCAGCCUACCACAGGUUUGAAAACUCGAGUUGGGGAGCAGUAGGGUGUGGUGUUGGGGGAAUCCCCAGGCUGUUCCCCUGGUGUCCGUGGCCAGGGACUAGGGCCCUACAGGCUGACACAAACCCUCACGAUGCUCUUGAAUCCCGCGGAUCCUCUGUGCCGAGGGUCUCAGAUCCUCUGAGGCAGGAGCCAGCACUCUGUUCCUCUGGAUAGAGGUGUGCCAGGAAAGGGGGGGUGUUGGGGUCUGAGGCAUGGUGGAGUCACCCCAUUUAGGAGAGCUGUCGGGGCUGGUCUGUGUCUCCCCUUCUGUCACGCCUCGUCUCACCUUCUCCACUGGAUAAAGGGAAGGAAACAAGAAAACCUGCACAGAGUUCCAGCCUGGAGACCUGGCCAGGCUUGCCGCUUCACUGAUCCAGCCCAGACCCCAGGCAGCCUGGGGGAGGGGCCUUUCGCUUCUCCGGUCCUCAUCUGAAUCUCACUUCCUGAAGAGGCCUGUGAAAAAGCCCCACAGAAACCUGAGCGCUCCCUUGAGAAACAGCUUCCCGCACCAGGCCUUCCUGUGAAAGCUUAAAAGAAACCGAAACUCCUCAGAGUCUCUGGGCAGGGAAGGACCAGGGGAAACUGAAAGUUCCCGGAAUCGUCUGUGGUGGAGAGCGAGCCCUGCCGCCAGCCAUUGAUGCCCUCGGUGGGGCUCUGCCGCUCAGGCAGGGCCGGCACUCCAGCAAACGGAGCCCAUGGGCUCAAGGGCCCUUGGGCUUCAAAGGGCUGAGUGGAACUUAACAGUCACUAUGGAAGGAUAAGGGAUACCUACCUAGCAGGGUGAGGGUGUCAAUCAAAGAAGGCUUCCUGAGAGGGUGGUGCCUGAGAUUUGGAGCUGCGUGGGCAGGUGCCAGCAAGGAGAAAAGGAAAGAAAUAGGGAAGCCCUGGCCAGGUAGCCCAGUAGGUUAGCGCAUCCUCCCCAUAAACCAAGGCUGUGGGUUUGGUCCCACGGUAGGGCACAUACAGGAAUCAACCAGUGAAUGCAUAUGUAAGUGGAACACCAAAUUGUUUCCCCCCUUCCUCUCUCUCAAACUGUCAAUAAAAUUUAAAAAAGGAAAUGUGGGAAAAACAUUGGACAGAAGGGAAAACCCUUCUGAGGACACAGAAGGAACUGGGCACUGCAGUACGGAGCAGGGGAACCCCGACUGUGAGGAGGGUGAAGGAGUGACGGUGUGCCAGGAGCGCCCCUGCGGUGGGCGAGACGCUGCCCCUGCCUACCCGGCACUCCACGGGGUCCAGCAGAAGUGGGGCCUGCUCGAGUGUGCUUGUAGGGUGAUAAUAUGGGUGUACGAAUUUAGUUUUCAUUUGGGCAUUUCACCUAAAAUGUCAUUUGUUGUGCUUGAGUGUGAUACUGUUAUGUUACAGAAUUAUAUGCUCAUGAUUUUGUAAUAAAAAGGGCAUUAUUUGUGCCAGACCCUGUAGUUAUGCUGUUUAUAUAUUAAUAUCUAAUAUGUCUCAUGUUAAAUUUUGAAUAGCUUGUAUAAUCACUUGGUUUAUCCUGUGUGUUUUUUGUUUUUACACAAAUUGCAACAUAGCAAACACAUGUUGUUUUGUUCACUUAACAUUAAACCUUGAGGGUUUUUUUUUUUCAUAUUAGCACACGAAGACUUUCCCCAUUUGGUUUUGUUAAUUACGUAUGAUUCCAUUGUUUGGAUGUAUCACAAUUUAUUUCACCUGUCUUGCACUUAGAUUAUGUCUUGAGUUUUGCUAUUUCAAGCAAUGUUGCACUCAUAACCUUUAAAUAUGCCAAUUAAACUGUGCUUGAGUUUGAAGGAUAAACUCUUAGAAGGGAAAU